AUGCAAUCGACAAUGAAUAAUAAUGGGGAGUUCACACACAACGAACUGCAAAUACUCAGUCAAUUGGACGACGAUGUGGAUUUGCGUUAUGUAAAUUGGCCUCUGGUGAUACCAAUGCUGCUGCAACGCCAGCAGUUGCGCCUGUGCAUGGCUAUAUAUCGGUACGAUAUGUUGGUGGUAGAGAACACGCCCUGUGAGACGCUGCUGGCUAGCGUGAUGGCUGACUGCGACAUUGGAAAUAUCGAGGAUAUUAGCUUGACUGUACGGGAUGCCUUUGGCAGCAUGCUCUUCGAUACGAUGCAAAAGUGUCGCCCCGGCUUGGAGAUCUUUGGUGUGCGUUGUCGACGGCGCGCCUAAAGUCUGAGAAUUUAGUCUUUAAAGGAAUACCUUUUGUUAUUUUUUUUAAAUGUUUGCUCUAUUUACCAAAUACUACUG